AUGGAGAGGCCACAAGGUUUCAUUCUAACUGUCCACAUAUGUCACAGAGCCUCCAUAUACGUCACAGAGCCUCCACAUACGUCACAGAGCCUCCAUAUACGUCACAGAGCCUCCACAUACUUCACAGAGCCUCCAGAUACGUCACAGAGCCUCCACAUACUUCACAGAGCCUCCACAUACGUCACAGAGCCUCCACAUACGUCACAGAGCCUCCACAUACGUCACAGAGCCUCCACAUACGUCACAGAGCCUCCAUAUACUUCACAGAGCCUCCACAUACGUCACAGAGCCUCCACAUACUUCACAGAGCCUCCACAUGCGUCCACAGAGCCUCCACAUACGUCACAGAGCCUCCAUGAUACGUCCACAGAGCCUCCACAUACGUCACAGAGCCUCCACAUACGUCACAGAGCCUCCACAUACGUCACAGAGCCUCCACAUACGUCACAGAGCCUCCACAUACGUCACAGAGCCUCCACAUACGUCACAGAGCCUCCACAUACGUCACAGAGCCUCCAGAUACGUCACAGAGCCUUCACAUACGUCACAGAGCCUCCACAUACGUCACAGAGCCUCCACAUACGUCACAGAGCCUCCACAUACGUCACAGAGCCUCCAGAUAUGUCACAGAGCCUCCACAUACGUCACAGAGCCUCCACAUACGUCACAGAGCCUUCACAUACGUCACAGAGCCUCCACAUACGUCACAGAGCCUCCACAUACGUCACAGAGCCUCCAGAUACGUCACAGAGCCUCCACAUACGUCACAGAGCCUCCAGAUCGUCACAGAGCCUCCACAUCGUCCACAGAGCCUCCAGAUCACGUCACAGAGCCUCCACAUACGUCACAGAGCCUCCACAUACGUCACAGAGCCUCCACAUACGUCACAGAGCCUCCACAUACGUCACAGAGCCUCCACAUACGUCACAGAGCCUCCACAUACGUCACAGAGCCUCCACAUACGUCACAGAGCCUCCACAUACGUCACAGAGUGUCAACAUACACCACAGGGAGUCCAUGAAGCUCUAA